AUGAAGGGAUACGACCAGGUGAUAUUCACGAAUGAGCUCUUGCACCACCGAUCUGUGGGUAGCCAAAUCGAGGAGACUCGUCGAACUUGGGACGAGCGGUGCUCUUGGUUUCCGGCUGCCCAAAGGGAUCUGUAUUUGAGGUACUCCAAGAUAUACGAGGAGUGUUUGGAAAAGUACGGCAACAAAAAUUACGAGUUUUAUGCGAAUAGAAAUCGCCUGAGGGUAGAACACAGGGUCAAUACCAAAUCAUAUAGAGAUCGGGAGGAGAGAAGGUCACACAUGUCUAUGGAGCACUUGAAGGGCUAUAAGGCGUCCCCUACUUCAAAUGGUCAAUAUGGCAGUGUUAAGCCAAUGCAACUCUUCUACUGCUUUUAGAUAAUGAAGAUACACGAUUUUGUUCUCCUCAAAAUUUCGAGUCAUAUGGUAUUUAAUAAACAGAAACAUUAUUGAAAAGCA